AUGGUGCCCGUCACCUGUUCGACGGAGUGCUCGACCCAGGUUGACACCAUCGACAGCGUCGACGAGGUCCAUGACGCCGCUACCGCCGUCCACCUCGAGCCCACGGUCGAUCCGAUCCACCAAGCAGUUGAGCAGCUCGCUCCGGUGCAGGCAACGGCCUCCAUCGGCACCAACACUCCCUCUUGUGACGAGGUCGUUUCUCCCGUGACGACCACCACCGACGUCGACCCCAAGGCCGGCGUGCAGGAGCUUGAUGCCCUCUCCGUCGACACCUCCACCCAACUGACGAGCAAGGCGGACCACGACGUCGCCCUCAUCAUCCGCAGUGACCCUGCUCCGCCGGUGCUGACCAGAUGUUCGACAGACGGUCUACUCCAGGAUGGCGAAUGGGUGAAGCCUGUUCAUCUGGUGGACAGGAGCAAAACCUCGUGCCUACCACCGAUACAGCAGGGAAUCGGGCAGCAACCAUGGCCGUCACCUGUGCAAGUGAGAACCAGACACAACGGACACCUAUUCAGGCCUAGGCCAUGGCCGUCUUUCAAGUUUCAUUCAGAUGCAAGUUAUCAGGAGGAGCCAUGUUCAGUUUCUUGUUGUGAGGCAAAGAUGAGGAGCACAUUGCAGCAAUUUCUACAUGACACUCAGUUGCAUAUUUCCAUGGGAUUAUCAGUGGAGCAGCAGUCCUGGCCUAUUGAGCAGCUUACUUUCUUGGUUUCCAAUGAGCCGAGGGAUUGUCUUGAUGGGACUAGUGCACAUGCUGGAACAAAGAGAAUGGAAUUCAACAUUCAGUCUGCUUUUCCUAACUCUCUUGAACAAUUCCAAUGGGAAGUUGCAUGGCCAUUUGGUUCUGGGAGGAAAACAUCUCUUGCUAGGCCCUGCCUUAUGCAUAAUAUGCAGUUUCCCUUACCACCCGACAAGCCUCGAGCAGUGCAGGGAAUACUUCAUAUUAUGCCUAUCUUAGUGCACUGGAAAUUUUGA